AUGGCUGGAAUAUUGAAGCCACCGGGGAAUUUUGCCUUAACUCCCCACAAGGUUUCCAUAUGCAUUUCAGUACAACUCUACACCCCGUCUUCAGCGUUACUCCCUCUAAGUUUCAGUCCCAUAAUUUCUCUCUCUAAAAUCACUAAAAUGGCUGUUACGUUCUCAGUUUUGAACACAGAAUCCGGCCUUAAGGCCCUUAAUGAGUUUCUCUCCAACAAAUCUUACAUCUCCGAGGAUCAAUUGACGAAAGAUGAUAUUAAGGUGUAUGCAGCUGUUUUGGAGAAACCGAGCGAUCUGUACACUAAUGCCAGUCAUUGGUCUGAGAGUAUUUCCUCAAAGGUAGCAGCCAGCUUUCCAGGGAAGGCUGCAGGAGUGAGAAUUGGAGGCCACGCUGCUCCUGCUGUGCACCAGUUAAGGAGGAAGCCAAGGAGCCUGCUGGUGAUGAUGAUGACGAUCAUUGUUGGAUCCCAGCAGUGCUCUUGGAAUGUUCGAUAG